CAACGCAUUUGCUUUGCGAUUUUUUUAGAAUAUAAUUACUACUGAUUUUUAGCUACAUUUCGAUCCUGACAACUGGAAAUCCGUUUUUUGACGAGGAUUAAUUUGCUAGUGCUUCACAUAAAACCACAUACACUUGCUACUUAUGGAUUUUUAUUCGACAUAUUUUCGUUUGCAUUCCCAAAAUCAGUUAAGGCAAUAUGAUCGCGUAGUGGUAUCGAAUGUAGGAAUUAAGACAAGUCAUAUGCAAAAUAAACAAUUAUAAUUUUCUAUGUGUUUCCACGUACAGGUAGCAAUGAAUGAUGUGAGAAGGAUCGUUCUCUUGGUGAACCCGCCUCUUAAAUAUAUUUCAUGUACGUUUGUGCUAUUAUAUUAAUGUUUAAAUUAUCUGAAAUAACGAAACUAGCAUAUUUCGCAUUGACAGAUAAGGAUGGGACGUAACGUCAAGUUUAGGGUACAUCAUGGAUUCUACUUUUCUACAACGGGAUUUUGGUGCAAGGGAACAAAAUGUGGGUAAACACACGCGUACAAUAUGUUGCAUGAAUCUUUAAUGGGAAAAAAUAUGUGCAUUACCGUUAAUAAACUUGCCCCGAGCACCAAACACAUUCUUCAUAAUAACGUCUUUGUGGCGAUGCCACUCGCGAGACAGUCACCAGCUGUAACAGCGCCAUCUUUAAAAAUUCGAAUCCAUUCAAGAGUUACCUGCCUCCUGUUCCUCUAGGUGGCGCCACAUGAUACACGGAGGAAAUUAUAGUUUCACAUAAUGUGGAUGAAUGAAUCAUAAAAGGCGACGCCCCCUUGGGCAACGGGUGAUUUCGAUCGAGGAAGCGAAGGAAAACCUGCUGUCUUGGGGCAGCUGAUCAUCUCCCAGGCAUGGAGGUGGCGGUCACACCUCCGCUCCCUCCCUCCCUCCCCACACACAUCAGAAAAGGAGCGCUGUUAAACAGACCAGGUGAGAUCGAGAGAGACACAGAUCAGCCUCCAGAAUACGCCGGCAGGAGUAACUCAUCUGUUCCCAGUCAGACCACAUACCGCCCACCGUUUAACGCAGCAGCAGAAAGAUACGCCAGACGGAGCCGAGGACCCACAUGGCUCAACCCGAAAAUCUCAACAUGGUGAUCGUAGGCGACGGUGGUUGCGGGAAGACGUCCCUGCUCAUGGCGUACUCCAAGAGAGACUUCUCGGAGAAAUACGUGCCCUCUGUCUUUGAAAAAGUGACCACCACAUCAAAUUUUGGAGGCAGAGAUAUCAUUCUGAACAUAUAUGACACAGCAGGUCAAGAGGACUAUGACCGACUGAGACCGCUGUCCUACCCAGACGCAAACCUCGUCUUCAUCUGCUAUGAUGUCACAAACCCCACCAGCUUUGAAAAUGUCCUGCUAAAGUGGUACCCAGAAGUUCAUCACUUUUGUCGGGGACUGCCCAUCCUCCUGAUCGGCUGUAAGACAGACCUGCGCAAAAACAAGGAGCAGACAAGAAAGCUCCGGGCCUUGGGUCUGGCCCCCAUAACCUACUUGCAGGGUGUGGAAGCCAUGCGGCAAAUGAAGGCAGAACUCUACCUGGAAUGUUCCGCAAAGUACCAGGAGAACGUGAUGGACAUAUUCAGAGAGGCAGUCAAGCGGGGGCUGACAGCAACCCAAAGGGCAAGGCAGGCACGCAGAAAGGCCAACUUUUGCACAAUGUUGUAAUACAGCACCCCCUGAUGGACAGGCAUGGAAACCAGUGUGGCCUAUGAGAACUCAAAGACUCAAUUAGACAGAUGGAUUCUCAGCCUCUUCACCACAGAUAAAACAUAUCUGUUUGGGCCAUUCAGUUCUUUGCAAGGUGUUUCCACUGAGGUAUGAAAGCGUAAAUAUUUUAUAGGAGACUGCUGGCAACCUGAGGGUCUCCAUCCAUAAUUCACUCAACUGCUGAACUUAAGAACUAAGGACUUCUUUGCUGAUUCCCGCCAUUUUGUGCAGACGUGAAUCAAAACUGUUACUGACUGUUAUUUUAAACGAGAAGAUAUUUAUUGAUGCCUAAUAUGACCUACAUUUGUUUUGCAGAGCUUUACUUUUUUAAAUAAAGGAAAACUGUACUGGGA